AUGCUCUUUGUUAUGAUCGUGUUUAAUGCAUUUGUUAUAACAGGUAUAAUAUUUUUCGGUGGUGUGGUAUUAGAGUAUUCUAGUUACCUCAAUGCAGUCAUGUUGCAAUUUGAAUUCCUGUUAGGAAAAGCAAUCCCAAUGGACGCUCUUAGAAGGGACAAACCCUUCGCUGGUCCGACGUUUUCGUUUUUGUUUUGUAUAUUCACAAAUAUAUUUCUUAUGAAUAUUCUGCUUUCUAUCCUCAACGAAUCAUACGGUGACGCAAAAUCAAACACAGAGGAAAAUGCAAAAGAGCUUGAAAUGGCACGUUUUAUUGAGGAGCGUUUAAUGGAAAAUUUCCACGAUGGAAGUAAUCGGACUGAGUUUAAGUUGUUUUCCGAUGAGACAAUAUUCGUCUACAUGUGCCUUUCUGAAGCAGAGCCAUUCUGUUUAAAUUCUGAAUGUAUUAUCCAAUGUACAGAGGAACGAAUGCUAAAAGUGGAAAAAAGACUUAUUGUUCUCACUCGGCGAACAGAAUACAUGGAGGCUGAUUAUUUGAAGGAGGAAAAUGACUUUACUGAACUCUUGUUAUUAAUGAUAAAUCCUACGGUGCGUGAUUCGGGAAAGAAAUAA